AGGGAGAGAGAGAGAGAGAGGGGGAGAGAGAUUUUUUGACAGAAGAGAGAGAAAAUUCGGGCCAAACGGAGAAGAGGAGAAAGAAAUGGGUAAGGCCACAACAGCAGCAGCAACAGUGUCUGUAGCAUCAGACAAAAUGAAGCGGAAGAAGAAGAAAGGGCGGCCAUCUCUGUCGGAUCUCCGGGGCCGAGACAGCAAUCAAUCGCCGGGUUCGAAUCCGACCACGCGCCGAUCGACGCGGCGUAACCCUAAUUUGGACUCCCCGGCCUCCCCUCCGCCGGAGUUUGACGAGGACGACGACGAGAGGAAGGAGAAGAAAGUGAAGCUCGUUGGGCGGUUGCCCCAGUCCAGCGCCAACCAGCUCCAGCAUUUCGAGAAUUCCCCCGGGAAUUCGGACUCGGGUUCCGACCCGGACGACGAGAAUCUCGAGGCGUCCGUUAAGAAACGCAAGGUCGACGCCGAAGAUUGCAGAUCUGAACUCGCCGUCUCUGAUCAGGGAGAAAAGACUUUGAAAGCGACGGACACUCAACAUGGGUCACCAUUGGCCUCUGGCCCCACAACACCUUUGCCAGACAAAAAGUUGUUGGUCUUCAUUCUUGACAGACUUCAAAAGAAGGACACUUAUGGUGUAUUCUCUGAACCUGUGGAUCCAAAUGAGCUACCUGAUUAUCAUGAGAUUAUAGAGCAUCCAAUGGAUUUUGGGACUGUGAGAAAGAAGCUUGAUGGACGGCUUUAUUCAACCCUUGAGGAAUUAGAGGCUGAUGUAUACUUGAUAUGUUCAAAUGCAAUGCAGUAUAAUGCACCGGAUACUGUUUACUACCGGCAGGCACGGUCUAUUCAAGAUCUGGCAAAAAGGGACUUUGAAAAUUUGAGGCAUGAGGGUGAGGAUGGUGAACCACAACCUAAGGUUGUUCGUAGAGGCAGGCCCCCAAGUAGUAAAAAUAUGAAAAAGGGUAUCGAGACAUCUCCUGUUGAUUGUGUUUGUCCCGAGAUUUCCUCCGGGGCAACUCUUGCCAGUGGGGAGGAUAAAGCUAUUGGAUCUAAUUCUUACAAUCUAAGAAAGGCACAGCCACUUUAUAGGUUUCGGUCUAAUGAUGUAUCUUUGUAUCGAUCACGCAAUGGCGAGAGUUACUCUGAGCGGUCCAACGAUUGGAAUGACGAGUUCCCAGCUUCCAUUUUGAGAGCUGACAUGAAGUACGGAAGCAAACACUUUGCACUUGAGGACAAUAGGCGUGAUACGUACAAGCAAUUCCAUUCAUCUUCUGGAAAUGAACCAUCAUUAUUUGACAACAGAAAUGGAAACCUGAAGUGGUUAAUGGCUGUAGGGCUUCAGUUGGAGCAACACGCUUAUGCAAGGAGCCUAGCGAGGUUUGCGGCAAAUCUUGGACCCGUUGCCUGGAAGGUAGCGUCAAAGAAAUUGCAGCACGUUCUUCCUCCGGGAGUUCAAUUUGGUCCAGGGUGGGUGGGAGAAGGUGGAGCUCAGCCACAGCCAUCAUGCCUUUCACCCGAGACGCACAACUCACCAAAUAGAUUGGCACCAACUGAUCACCAUUCUAGUAGACCUUUAACCCCGCCUUUUCCUAGUUCAAACUCUGCCACCGCAAGCACAUCCUCUGAAGCAAUGGUCGAAGCUGUCAGGAAAUUGAACAGCCUGAACGAGAUGUCAGACCAGCGCGGUGGUGGGUACAACACCCCUCAGGCCUUACAAAAAUCCAUAUUUCACCCAAACCGGAAUGGUAUGAAUGGCAUGUUUGGAUACGACCUGAACGUCCGAGUUCAGCCCCCCGGUCCAGCCUCGCCGAGUUCUAGCAUCCAAAUCGGUUCACCAAAGCAGCCAGACUUAGCUUUACAACUCUAGACUUAGGCCCUCCUAUAACUAAUCGCAAAGGUUCGAGGUGUUGUGCAAUCGGACGCUAAUGAAGGAACGGUAAGAUAGCUCAGCAGCAGUGUAACAGAAAGGGAGAAAAUUUGUACAGAUUGUGUAUUCAAUUUUUUUGGGUUGAAACUCAGGGGGAUGUCUUCUGCACCCAACCUUUGAAUCCCGCAGUUUAGAUCAAAAAAGAAAAAAAGAAAAAAAAAAUGAGAAGAGAAUAGAGAAAUGGUGAAUUUCUUUUUAGAAUAUCAAUCAAAUCAUACAUUGAAAAAUUGUAUUGUAUUAUGUCAGUAACUACUACUCAGUGCUUAAUUUGGAUUCCAAAAUUCCUCCCUAUUUACUUGCAACUUUCA